AUGUCUGGCUUACAGCAUCUCAUUGAUUUCGUAUUGAACGAAGUCGCGCUCUGCGGCGAUCAAGGAGCACGCAUUUCAGAGGUCUUGCAAAAGAUCGAUGAGUUCUAUCAAUCUCAGGAUCAGAAUAGGGAAUCCCCGAAACAAAAAGUUGAUCAUCGUCUCAAAAAGAAGAUCUGGACCUGGCUCGCGAACAACCCGGAGGUGUCAGUGGGGGAAAACAACGAAUGGAACCACCUGACUCUCGACGAGGCGACAGAGGUCUCAUCAGAGAAGUCCCAUCACAGAAAGCCUAGCAGAGAUGAGGGCGCAGAAUCGGAACCUGUUCCGUCCUCAAUUCGCAUUUUUGUCUCAAGGGAAAGAUCAUGGCUUGCUGUCACCGGCCAUGCCCCAGAUGACAGCAAAGUUGUGCCCCUUGAAUUUGCUUUGUUGUCUAUUAUUGCCUCGCGCAAGUCGAAGGGUAUUGCCCAGCCAGAUCUAGUGAAGCUCAGUGGCCAGGACAAGAGAUCUGUCCCUAAACGCACGGAUGCCUUACAGCGGAAAGGCUACAUCGACAAGCGUCCCAUCCAAACGAAGUCCGCACGAACCAGUCUUUGCACUCUACAAAGGUUCUUGAACUCAAAGGAGACGGUAGACCAGCCCCAAGAUGAAGGCCAAACAGCAGGGGAUGAAGAGAAUUCAACUGUUAUGAUCGAUUUCGAUAGUUUCAACAACAAGCUAUUCGACAUCCUCCGAGAACAUCAGAUCAUUGCCCGUGAAGACCUCAAGCGCAAGUUGGGAUUCAAUGACAAAUGGCGAUGGAAGGUCUUGUCUCGUGCAGUCCGGAAGUGGGAGCGCAUUGGUGUAUUGAAGCGUGUCAGGGCGGAAUCUCAGUAUGAGAAACUGCACCCCUGCAUCAAGCUUGAGCGAGAGCCCACAUCAACAGACAUUGAUUUAUUCCAUGAGUUUGACUUCGAGGUUCUGAGCAAGCACGGCGUGGAGAAGGCCGGAGCUGCGAUUCCCGGUGGUCAGGACCAAGAAGGAGAGGACUAUGAAGCACCAGCUCAAGAUGGGAAUGAUAUUGACACGAGCAAGGAGCAGACCGGGCCCCUAAGGCGAAUUGUGCCCACUUGGACUCCAGAUCGUAGUCUCAACAAUCAGAUGUUCGAUGUCAUCAACGGAACAGGCACCGCAGGCAUCACAAAUAUGAAACUCAUGCGGGUUUGCUUUGGCCUCUUUUUCAAGAGGCCUGCGGAAAAUUUGGUCCAUCGUUUAGUCGAUUUCUGGCAAAUAGCCCAGCCACUCCAUCUGCGACAUUUCGCUGUCGUCCGAGAUAUGGCAAUGUCGAAGACAAUAAUGUUUUACAUUCACUAUUCAGCGACCAAUUUCGCCAACAUUGUCGAAGGAGGAAGUGCUUCAUGGGAAGCUGUUGAGUUCCCCUCAAACAAAGCCAAGUCACUCAAAGUCAAGUUACCGCCGUGGGGCGCUGCGCCUCAGCUCGACGAAUAUGGCUUCCCUGCGAAUUCUAGCCCAAGCUCUCUGCUCAAAAACCCAAGCUCGACCUUACGUGACGGAAUGGCCAUUGUCAAGCCAGCUGACUACAAGUUAUCAUCAAGCGACCCUUUCGUGGUUAAGCUUUCAAACGGCGAAUAUGUGGUACGGAGACGCCAGGACGAGCUUCCCGCCGGGGCAAAGCCUGUGCACGUCCGCCCAAAACCCACAGGACCAACUGCCACGGGGCGGCCUAGGGGGAGACCCACCCUUGCGAUGCUGGCGCAGCGCUCCAAAGAGGCCAAAGGAGCAGGACCAAGCGAAAAUGGGAUCGAAAUACAACCAUCUGAACCGAACAAGGUCGAAUUGCAAGGCGAGGACGAAGUUGAAGAAAUGCCACCACCAAAAAGGGUCAAAAGAAAGCACCCUGACUUCAGAGGAAUGUCUCGAAAGGAGAAGCUCGAAGCGCUUGGCAUGGAUGAGAAUUGGACCGAGUACAACGCUCUUCUGAUGAAUAAACCCACCCCCGGUAUCUAUGUCACCCCCCACGGCCGAAGAAGACCUGCCGGAAAAGCUCGUGGCCGCCCGAGACAGAGUCGGAUCGCAGUUUUCAAAUCUCCACAGUUGUCGUCGUUUACUUGGUUUAUCAAGGACGAGCAAGAUUCAGACAACGAAAACGACAUGGACCAUGCUACACUAACCCCUGGGCCAUCUUAUGCACCCAGUAGUGCAUUCGCCCCAAAGACUCCCAGUCCAGCAAAGAGAACACACUCAACCCAAAGCCUCAAAGCCCCGUCCUCGUCAGCAUCAGACUUCCACCAAGAUGGAGUAAAAACAGAAAGACCUUCAAAACGGCCAUGUCUUAGCAUGACCCCAGCGGAAGGUAGCCAGGAGGAUAUGGAUAUCACCAUGGAUUCCGUUCCUGGAAUAACGCCCGCCGUACCGGAGGAUGCAAAUGGAGCAACAUCAACCCGCUCUCCCGACAAGAGCCUUGGCAUCCAUCACCUUUCAGAUGCAGAUAAGCCAGCCCAAACGCCGUCAAAGCGUCGUCGGACCCUAGUAUCCUGGCUAUCCAACUCAACUGAUGCAUCACCGCAUCGCCCGGGUCCAGCGGACUCACAGCAAAAGAAAAUCUCGCCAGCGCCUAGUCGCACCAAGAACCAGCCAACUCUCUCCCGACGCAUUCCCCGGGGCCUUCGGGGCAGAGAUCUCACCGAAGAUGAGCAAAAACUUCUAGUAGCCCCAAAGCCUCUAAUAGAGAGAGGGGGAUCUAUCAGUCUUCUCCGGAGGAAAGUCCUCAUGGAAAUCAUGGACCUGGCAGGAGGCGCGUAUCCAGCCGGUGCAGUGGUAUGGUACCCUUUCGUCACCCUAUGGAUGAAGAAGGGAAACAAAGAAAAACCGGACAUGAAAACGGUCAAAAAUGCCUGUAAACAACUCAUUGAUUCAGGACACCUUCGACAAUUGACCUUCAGUGGAAGGGACAACAAGGGCGCCAUGGUUACGAAGACUCUGUUGAUCAAGCCCGACAUGUCACCAGACCACCCAGUGGUUAAGGAGAUGCAAAGGAAGUUUUUGGCCAUGGACUCCAACGAGCCGCGGCCUGGGUUCUGUGACAAUGUCGAAAUCGACCAUCUUUUGACACGAAGUAGCGGCCGGCCACACGGUGACCCACCGAGACGCCAAAAGUUUACCUUCCCCGUCGAAAGAGGAGUGCAUUUCAAUUUGCAGCAGAAGCCGGCCUCCAUCCGCAAUGAAGAAAGGAGAAAAACCGACUCGAUCCAGAAGAAGUUCUUGAGAGGUCUUCAUAUCAAACAACGGAUUGAAGAACGGAUUGCGGCCCAAAUUGCUGCUGCGGAAGAGCAAGAGCAAGAUUUGCCUGGAGUCAAACGACUCAUGACACUCUCUCGUCCACCGGCUUUAGACACUCAUGCUACCGGGCAGACUUCGAUCAUGCGGCCAUACAUCAAUACCAGAAAGCGUGAGCCUCGCAGGCUUCGGAAUCCCAUCAUCCGUGCGAAUCGAAUGUCGAAACCGAUCUCUACUAUUGGACCUUACGCUAUGUUGAUGAGGCCUCCACAGCACUUUCACCUGGCUUCUGGUACAUUUUCUACCGGAUCCUGUUCGCUCAAGAAGAAGCCGAGGUACACACAGCCGGUUGUGCACGUUGGAGAUCCUGUUAGUGAAUUGAACAAGUUGAUUGAAGGGGGUAGAGACUUGCCGCAUGGUCCAGAGUCGUUUGACCGGAGAGCUGAGCAGAUCCUCAAGUGGGAACUUCGAUAUGGGGGUGUCUUCGACAAAAGUCUCCAAGGUCAGCAAUACAUUGACCAGACCGUGGAGGGCGAUUUUGAACAUGUGCCAAUCGGCAGUGACAUCCGGUUUAUGCCCGAGUUACAACCUAACUCGAGGACCUUUACGAGACGUUCUCCCAAGCCUUUCGAGGAUCAUACCGCAGCACAACGCGAUAAUCAAUUCAUUACUGAAUCUGAUGUUGCCAACACGACAGAGUCGGCGAUGUUCGAAGCCCAGAAACGGAAGUCUAAGCAGCGAAGGGCGACACGUUCUAAUGUGGAUCGACGGUUGGCGAAACUUGAUGAAACCCCCAAGGUCACUGCCACACCAGAGAAGGAAGCGCAGUCGACGCCUCGCCAACGUUUCCGCCGAAACAGAUUUGUGCGUUCGCUGUCUGACGAGCUCAUUCGCAACAUCAUGGUCGCCAUUGUCGCCGUCCGUGUGCUUGCGGGUGGCGCAGAUUCGAGGGUGAUUGAUUGGCAGCUUGUGUCAAAAGCUUUCCCAGACCAAGAUCCUGCUUUCAUUGACAGCCGGGCGCGUCAAAUCCUCAAUAAGCAUCGUCUGCAGAUGACCAAAAUGCAACGAGACUUCCAAGAACGCUUUCUCGAGGCUUAUGCCAAGAAUGAGGUUCCUCAGAUUGAUUACUUCAAUCUAGAGGAUUAUGACUGGCCCGCCGUUGUCAAGUGGGCAAGCACGGAACUUGACUUUUCUCCAUCCGAACGAGUGCCAGAUCUUCCAGCUACCCGGGAACAAUUCGACAGUGUCUUUGAAUUGCGCGAGGAGCCUCUGACAGCAGGAGAUGAACUCUUCCAGUCUGUACAUGGUGUCACCAUCAACAAAAAGCGUAGCUUGAUGGCUCAAAAUCCCUUCUCUAUACCCCUAGAGGAUCCGAGCCCCAAAUCGAGUCGGCGAAAGGAAGAACUGGCGAAGCUCGAGAAUGCAAAGACUUGGGUUCGCGCCAAUGUCAUCACACCGGAAAAGACAUAUCGACCCAACGAGGCCAAGGAUAUUCUCGAACUUUUCGGGGAGUCACUCAUUACGAAUGCAACACAAAUGUUGAUCAACGAACGUGUGAUCAGUUCGACGAACCGUGGUCGCAUUGCGCCAGGUCGCAACUACGAUAUCUCAGAGAACUUCUUGCAAAUACUGAGUCGCAAACGUGGAAUCGAAACCACGCAGCUCCGGCAGGCCUCUCAUUUCAAGUGCACCGUUCUGGACCCCGAGUUGCAACAGACUGGUACUGCCGACGUCAGUUACAGUGCAGAUGAUGGCGAUAUCCUCGCUCUGAUCAACCUCUACGCCUCAGGACAUAUCCAGCUACAACCUCAAGACGCUCCUCGUAACAAGUUCGGUCUUACAGAUGGAGGAUAUCUCACCCGUCAAAUGGAUAAAAAGCUUCUUCGCUUCCCUGUCAAGAUCAUUCCCACGAAGAGCUAUGUCCCGGGCAAUCCCGUCAAAGACAAAGCGGCACUUGCUGUCCUGCCACCCGCUCCUACGAAGUCAGGCCCCGGGCUUCCGCCCAUGACGCCACUUUGGUAUGACAUGAACGGAGAACUCGAAUCACAUCUUUGGAACAUGGCCAUUGGCCCCGUCAUUGGAGGGUUGGUGAUGCGUCCUGGACUCAACGCGCAUGUCCUUGCAAGCAUGAUCAAACAUAUCAUGGGCGCAUGGGAAAUUACACUUAUCCUCCAAUGGAUGAAAGAAGUGGGUAUCGUCAAGCCCACAAGCGAAGGAGAGCCAGAAAGAUGCGGAUGGAGGUUGCAAGAGUCAUGGUGGAUGGUUUCAAGCUAA